ACAUUCCUCCCAAAAUACCGCACCUACCUGUCAGUUAGCUUGUGAAAAAACAUCUUAUUGAUUCACUGCCUUGUCAGCUGGUACGACAGUAAGAAGUGUUAAAAGCCCCUAAACUGAUUUUCGAUGUGGAGACUGGGCUUGACUCUUUAAAUUGAUCUGUCUCAGGCUAGAGUAAAAUGUCUGCACUUUUUGAUCUUUGGUACAGUGUUGUGAUAAUGGGUGUGCGUAAGUUUACAACUGUUCGUUAGACGUCAGUGAGUUUUGUGUUGAUAUAUCCGCUAUGGAUUUGUCUAAAAUGAAAAAUGAAAGGAAGCUAUAUCUAUGUCGAUGGUACUUCAGAGCGGGCUUUGCAUUUUUGCCAUUUCUGUGGUGCAUAAAUGCUAUAUGGUUUUUUCCGGAAGCAUUCAAACGACCAGAGUAUGAAGAGCAAAAGCCUAUCAAGAAAUAUGUGAUUUUAUCUGCGAUUGGAGCUAUUAUUUGGACUAUAAUUCUGGUGUCGUGGAUUGUCAUGUUUCAAACACACAGAGCAGAAUGGGGAGCUACAGCUGAUUACAUGUCGUUCAUUAUACCAACUGGGGUCCCGUAACUGCAGAAUGCUGGCACUUUGUGGUUUGUGCUAAUCAUUUGUUAUGAGAAGGAGACUAUAAACUGUGAGCCUGUGAUUUUUCAUUAUCUUAAUAAUACUGAACCUAUUGGGAGACAAACUUUGUUUUAAAAGAAGCAUUGUAAAUAUAAUGUAGUAUUGGAAUAAACUUGAGAAACACUGUCAAAA